AUGGCUCCGUCAGACAACAGAACUCAAGAGCAGCAGCGGGAGGCGUCAUCAGGGAUGAGCUUGGAAGAUGCAUUGGAGCCUUCGCAACCAAUUUGGGCGAGUGUACCAUCACAAGAGCGGAACUUUUUGGGAUCAUUGACGGUCUUGAGCUUUCUUGGAAGAUGGGUUGUAGGAAAGUUAUUCUCAAGACAGAUUCCACCACGGCCCUUACCCUCCUCAUGA